AUUUCCUUGCUGAGAAUUGGACAUUAACGAAGAGCACCUGAAUGCAGCAUAAACACAACUGCGCAGUUCAGGGACCGCUGUCUGUUGUUGCUCACCAAACACUUGACAGAGAUGUCCACCUUUACUGCACUGAGUCUGCGUCUUCUCCACUGCUACUCGAAGCAAGGUACUCCUGAAGCAGGCACAUUCGGAUAUGGUCCUGGUGUCAUGCGCCCAUUUAGUCUCAGCGUGCAGAGAGAGGGCUAUAAGUAUGUGAAUGCUCAGGAGCUGCCAACGGACCUGAGGUCCGUCACUGACCGGGCUGCCACAACCCUCCUUUGGACUGAACUUUUUAGAGGUUUGGCGAUGACCAUGAGUUACUUGUUCCGUGAACCUGCCACCAUCAACUACCCAUUUGAAAAGGGACCACUGUCGCCCCGCUUCCGUGGGGAACACGCCCUCCGCCGCUACCCUAAUGGAGAGGAGCGCUGCAUUGCCUGUAAGCUGUGUGAGGCCAUCUGCCCUGCUCAGGCCAUUACCAUUGAAGCUGAGACUCGGGCUGAUGGCAGCAGGAGAACUACACGCUAUGACAUUGAUAUGACCAAGUGUAUCUACUGUGGCUUCUGCCAGGAAGCCUGUCCUGUUGAUGCCAUUGUGGAGGGUCCAAACUUUGAGUUCUCCACAGAGACGCACGAGGAGCUGCUGUACAACAAAGAGAAGCUCCUCAACAAUGGAGACCGCUGGGAGGCUGAGAUAGCAGCCAACAUACAGGCAGACUACUUGUACAGAUAGACUGACUGUCGUAUCCGCACACUGAGCGCAAAGAUAUGUCACACAUGAAAAUGACGUAUCUUGUCAUCGUUGUGUGCACUAAAGAGAUUACUUGUAGCUUUACAGAUAUUCCAACGAGUUACAUAUGAGCAGUGAAGCAUUGCAAUCUCAGAUUCUGUUGUCAGAACUGACUAAAAAUACAAAAACGCACAAUUCAUGUCUUGUGUUUUAAAGAUGGAUGAUACUUAACUUUAUGAUGUUGAUUUUAUAUUAUGUAACCUAUGCACAUGUGUGUGAUAGACUAUUUUCUGCUGCACUUUAAACACAUGGUUUAUCUGAUUUAAUAGGUAGGACAUUUCUGAAAGAGCACAUUAGUUAAUGUUGCUGAUGCUAUGUAAGAUAGUAAAAUAAAUUAUGUUUUAAAACUUUAA